AUGCCGCUGAUUGGUACGAUGCAACUUCAGUGUGCACUCCCGAAGGCUACCAUGAGCACUUCGCAGAUCUUCGUGCUCCUCGCCCUCGUGGCGACGGUGGCACUCGCCACCGACAAGAAGUCCGACGGCAAAGCGGCGGUCGAUUCUAAGGACGCCAAGAGCAAGCGCGGCCUGGAACUGAGUCUCGGCCAUGGUGAUUUCGGCGGCGGCGGCGGAGGAUUCGGCGGCGGACACGAUUUCGGUGGCGGCGGCGGUGGAUUUGGACACGGCGGCGGCUUCGGCGGAGGAUUUGGCGGCGGCGGUGGUGGUGGUGGUGGUGGCGGCGGCGGCGGCGGCGGCGAUGGACGAAUCUCCGGCAUCACGAUCCACAGGGAGGUCUCCGUGCCGGUCCCGGUGCCUUACACCGUCGAGAGAAAUGUACCGGUAGCAGUACCAGUCGCCGUGAAGGUUCCGGUGGACCACCCGGUACCGUAUCAUGUACCAAAGCCUUACCCCGUCCCGGUGGAGAAGACCAUACAUGUCCCUGUGGAGAAACCGGUCCCGGUGCCCGUCAAGGUGCCCGUGAAGGUGCCUGUGAAGGUGCCCGUACCUUAUAGCGUACCUGUUAAAAUACCAUACACCGUGACCAAGGAAGUCCCCUACCCAGUCAAGGUCCCAGUGGUCGUUAAAGAGUCAUACCCUGUCGUGGUGCACGAGCACGGCGGUUUCGGCGGCGGCGGCGGCGGCGGCGGCGGUGGCUUCGGACACGGCGGUGGCUUCGGACACGGUGGCGGCUUCGGCGGCGGCGGUCACGAGAUCAGCUUCGACCUGCAUCACUGA